AUGGCAGUUAGGAGCCCCUUGUUACCCCUGUUGCUGCUGCUGCUGGGCCUGACACUGGAGACGGCCUACACCCACGCCUUCACCCCCAGCCGCCUCCAGCAGCACAAAGUGCUGCACCUGGACUGGCCCAAAGACUGUGGCCUGGCUCACUUUAAACCAAACACAGCAGAGCGCAUCGUUUCAGGCAAUGAGGCCAGACCCCACUCCUGGCCAUGGCAGGUCUCACUGCAGGUUCGUCCUAGAGGCAGCAAGCAUUACGUUCACGUUUGUGGAGGGACUCUGAUCCACAAGAACUGGGUGCUCACUGCAGCGCACUGCUUCCAGAAGGGGAAAGCUGAGGAUGCAGGAAGCUGGCGUAUUGUGUUGGGGAAGCACCAGCUGAAGCGUUCAGAAACAGCUGAGCGUAUUUUCCCCGUAAAGAGGAUCUACAGACAUGAGCAUUUUCGCUACCCUGCACACAGCGAGCUGGACUACGACAUUGCCCUGGUUAAAGCUGGCACGGAUAUUCUGCCCAGCAACUUCAUCCGCUACGCCUGCCUGCCGCGCAAGCAGACCAGCCUGAAGCCAGGCCAUUACUGCUGGGUGACAGGCUGGGGCGACACGCGAGGUGGGAAAGAGAAUGUGUCGUUGGCUGAGGCACUGAACCAAGCCCGCCUGCCCAUCAUCGACUAUAAAACAUGCAGACAGAAGAAGUUCUGGGGUGACCGCGUGAGGGACUCCAUGAUCUGUGCUGGAUUCAGAGACACAGAGGGAACUCCUGCUGCCUGCCAGGGUGAUUCAGGUGGUCCUCUGUUGUGCCAGCUGGGCCGGGACCGCUGGGAGGUGCAUGGUGUGGUGAGUUUCGGCCCUAUUGGCUGCACAGUGGAGAACAAGCCCAGCGUCUUCACUCGCACUGCUGCCUAUAUCCCCUGGAUUGAGGCCACCCGCAUCAGGGACUUCUUCCUGCACUGA